AAAAAAAGGCAAAUCCCUAAGUGAAAUUAAAUCACUAACCCAAUGUCAAAGCAAAUACUUGUCUACACAUUACUUGUAUUAAUUGCCAGUGAAACUUCAAACAUCUACAGAUUUGCCAAUGGAUUACAACGUAGAAUCCAAGUAACCGACGAUCUAGACGACGUGGUUGACAAUGAAGAAGACGAAGCUUGGAAAGAAUGGGGAAAGAAGAAAUCGAAAAACUCCGAUUUCGAUCUGCCAAAAAUGGAUUUCAGUAAAAUGAGUCCAUCGGAAAUUCAAGCGGAAAUGAUGAAGGGGCAAUCGGGUCCUGUUUUCGGGUUUGUUAAGCUCCGACUUGGAACUCCUCGCACUCCGGAAAAAGUUUCAGAAAUAGCCAUGAGAUGGUCCAAAAUAGCAAGAACUGGAGCAAUUGAGGCAAAGUUCAUGGGUGUCGAUGUGAGCACGAUCAUGUUCACUAUGGAGAAAGGUCAAGACUCUAUAGAGUUGAAAGAGUUUUUGUUGGAACAACCAGAAGCAUAUGAGAUUAAACUAGGUGACCAACUUUUUCGAAGACCAGGAGAUCCUCCUUUCGAAGAAGCUUUUGAGAAGAUGCAGAGUGAGAAAAGCAAAGCCGAUCGUGCCAGCUCAAAAAAGAAGAAUAGGCAUAAUGAGUUGUAAUCACCAGAAAAAACACCAUCUUUACAGCUAAUUUUGAUCACUUAUAUUCUAACAUGUAUUAUCAGAAGGGCAGGUGUACACGGCUGGCAUCUUACAUAUUCUUUUCUCUAUACAUUUGAAACUGUGAGCUUAAAAGCUCUGUCCAAAUAAUCAGUGAAUUCUUCUGACUUUCGAUCAA